GCCGCCGCGGCAGUGUGUAAUUCGCCCCGCGACGACUAGCGCGCGCGUUUCCCCCGCGUGACUGCGUAUACAGUGCUCUUCGCGCGCACACCACUACCACGACUAUCACUAAUACUGCAACUACUACUACUACUACUACGACAACAAUAACAACAACUGUUACUACCGCUGCUACCACUACCACAUUAUAACUAUAUAGUGCUGCCGGUAACCGGCCUGCCGCAGAUCAGUCUACUACCGUAAGUCGGCCGGUGUGUGCGUACCCGCGCGCUUGCGAUCCGUCGAGCGGCAAAAUACAGGAAAAAAUAAAAGGAAAAACGUUUUCAAAAUCGAAUUGACUUCGCUGAUAACGGGUGACGCGCGACCCGCGUGUGGCGGCGAUUGCGUCAGCGGUGCGUUUGAUAUCGUUCCGAUCUCAUCGUAUAUUAUAUAGGUACGCGUAUCGUCGUCGUCAUAGUUAUUACCUAUACACAUUGGCUAUUAAUUAUUAUCGAUUUAAUUAUAACAUCAUAAUCAUACGGUCGUAUAAAAAUCAAAGGUGGUCGGUUUGAAUUUUUUUACCGCGUCUUAUCUUUUCGCCGCCCGAUUAAAACGCGUUAUUAAUAUCAUUAUUAUUAUUAUCAAUAUUAUUGUUGUCGCCGUGGUCUUUAUUUCUUUUUGAUCCCGAUAAAUCAUCGCCGCAGUUGGUUAUAUUAACUGAUCGUUUAAUACAGUUCGAUGAUGGCCGUUCGGACGCCGGCGCCGAGCAAACCGCCGGCGUAAAGCCCACACGGGAGUUUCGCCAAAGUCGAGUAACUCUAACCCCCCACCCCCGCUUGACGAAGUCGGGCGAAAAGAAAUCGCAACAGUCACCUGCACACGAUGAACACGGCGGCAGCGGUGGCGAUUUCGGUGCUGCUACUGCACUCGGCCACGAUCGGUUUUGUGACUCCGGUCGAGGUGCAUUUUGACAACCCGGACGGAGGGUUCUUCGUCCGACAUCCUAUCGGUGGCGGUCCCGGCAAUAACCGUCAACAACAACAACAAUUGGGCGGCGGUGACAAUGACGACAGUGACGACGACGCCGGCGGUGGGGCCGUGCUCAGCGUGGACAGGUUCACCGUAUUGCAGGACGUACCGCAGACAUCGAUCAGGGCUAGUUACGGGCCGUUCUCCACCAAGCAAACGGUACCGUCGCGUUACCUGAUACCGGAUCCAAACUCGUCCGGAAUGUCCGGUGGCGUGAACGGUUCCGGUUUAUCGGCGGGCUACUCGUCGACCGUAGACAUAUCAUCGAUGGACGUGUCCGCGCACUUGGUCCAGAGGCGCGUGUACCGCGAAAACCCGGUAGUCCGGACAUUGUUCCACGUCGGUUACAGCGUGGUAAGAUCGCAGUCCGGUUCCGGUCCGCCUCCUUCGAUUCCGCUGUCCGCCGCAGACGCGACCGCCGGUGGUUCCGUGCGGUCGGCUUCCAGCUCGUCUUCGUACGGAAAACUGUGCGCGGUGGCCAAGGCCACGUUCGAGGGAGCCGAGCGGCCGGUCACUGCCGCGUGCAAGCCCGACCCCAAGGACGGCGUGUGCACCGCUCGGCUGGUGUUACCGGCCAAGUGGUGGCCGCCGCUGAACCCGCCGGACGCCAAGCCGGUUAAGACGCCACAGCGGUACGUGCAGAUAUCUUAUGCGCUGCUCGAGUCCGACCACCGGUGCAGCCAGUCGGACGUGCAGCUGCAGCCGUUCACGUACAUCGGACAGGCGUCCUUAGAUCACGCCCAGCGCCCGUACAAGGAGCUCAAGACGGACGCGUACCUGUUGACACUCGUCCCGUCCGUGCCACUGUAUCCCAAGUCGUUUACGUACGUGCCCGUGUUCUUCGACGCCGGGCCCAAGGAGCAGAACAUCAAAGGGUUUAUACUCAGAGCCAAAGUGAAGAACGGGUUGCGCGUGUUGAGCGCCGAGAACAGCGACCCGGAACGGUGGACCAUCAACUACACGUCGAACCCUAGGGGCACUCAGAUCACGGUGACGGCCGUGCACAAGGGGCUGCCCGCCGCCGCCGGCACCGCGUGGCCGAACUCCCGGUACGAGGAGGUGUUGCAGUGGCUGCUGCAGGUUGACUCGGAGGCCGAGGACGUGUGGGAGGAAGGCCGAGUGGUCUGGACCGUGCAGUACGUCAUGGAGGCGGCGGGCAACGCGACCAACUGGACGUCGGCCGCUGCCGUCCAGGGAAGCCAGCCCAAGGCCGACCGCCACCGCGCCGCUUACAAACAUCACCGGCGGCAGGCGGCCGUGCUGGCUGGACGGCGGAGGACGGCUCGGCUUUCCAGAGCCGCCACCAAGAUGCUCUACCUGGACGGCGUCAACGGCGUGUUGGACGGCGUCAAGCGCAAGAUAUCCGCCCGGUUCGAGAUACACAAGGACGACACCGAAGCCGUGCUGCCCAUAUCCAAGAACUGGGAAAUAAUCAACACGGCCGUAUUGACUGGAAAGCAGAUAUCACACGCGAUGAAGGUGUUCGUUGUCAGCUACGCGGGCAAAAUAUCCGACGUCACCCGACAGUCCGUGUGUCAGAUAGAGGACGACAGCGUACUUAAGGUAACAUCGUCAUGCAGUUCGGUGUACGUGGACGGAUCAGAAAUUCGGGGCUCGUCCAAUGCUACGGUGAUCGUCAAAUACGAAUCGUAUACAGGUACGGCGCAUUUCAUUGUGUGGGUUCCAGAAAUCAACGAAAUGGACCUAACCAUUGCUGACCAGAAACUGAACCAGAUCAAAGGCUGGCGAGUGCCGGUAAGCCUAGAAGCUGACGACGACAUGGACGAUUACGUCAACAAAUUGAAAAGAUCUGCCGAAGGCAAGGGUGGCGGUCACAUGAAAUCUCCGAUGCCGGAUGGCGAUUUCCGGUUAAACGAAAUGAUCACCGAGGAUAUGGUGGCCGAUGCAUAUGACAGGAAGACCAGCUGCCAGUUGAGAUUUCAACAGACGUCGGUCGAGAUAUACGCCAGGUUCAAGGCGACGGACCACGAUUCUGGCCGGGUGAGCUACUUCGUGAACCGUCGGACGUGGUUAAAGGUGACCGAUCUGCUGCUGCACUACCUGCGGUCGUCGGAUCCGCGGGUCGCGUCCAUCACUGGGCAAAUCGUGCGUGGACAUAACGCUGGCCGGACCGAGGUGCAGGUGAUCUCGGCGUUAUCCGGUCACGUGCUCGUGUCGAAGGAGAUCCGAGUGGUCAGCGACAAGGUGAGCGUGGCCCGGCUGGCGGUUAACGUCGUGUCCGGGCUGCAGCUGAACAUCCGGCCGGACGCGGCUGUGGACAACAACUACAUAGCCGAGACGUCCGUGACCAGGAAGCUGACGGCCAAGUACCAGGAGGGCCUGUUGGACAUCGACUUGUGGUUCACGGACGACACGCGCACGCCCCUGCGGUCGGUGGCCAUGUCCGACUACGCGCUCCGCGUCGAGUCCACCAACCCCGACGUGGUGGCGUUUGCCCCCAUGGCCGCCUCACCGCACCCACGAGUCAUAGCAGUCGGUUCUGGUAAGGGGCAGCUUCUGCGCGUGUCGUUCGGCCCGCCCGACGUCUGCGGCAAACACGAGGCGGCUAACGGAGGCCGGAAGACCGUCCUGCCGACGACGCUCAGCGAAACGGCGGCCGAAGUCCAAGUGGACUUUUCGUCGUCUCCAUACUCGGUCGAACAGUUCGUGCAGAACGACGGUGGCGGUGGCGGCGGCAGUGGCGUGCUGAACGUAGGACCGCCCCGCGACAAAAAGGAUCACAACAAGGACUCGGCGGGAAUGGUUGGCAUCAAAGACGAAAAUAACGAUGAACCCACAGUGCAAGCUCGACAACACAAUAAUAACAACAAUAAUCAAAACAAUAUUAUCAACCACGGCGGCAACGGUAUUGGGAGCACAACCGUGCACGCCCACAAAGUACCCGCUCACGUGAGUCCAUUUGAACUCGGCUUGUAUACCCUUUUGGCAGCUCUUUGCUUCGCCAUCGUGGCGUUCGUCAUAUCGUGCGUCGUCUACGCGUCCAAAUACAAACAGAACUCGUUGGAAAUGCCCACUACCACGUUGAUGACAAAAUCGUUCAUGGGUAACAUGAACGGGGCUAAGGAUGGUACCGGAGGUAUUGGUGGAGGUGUCGGUAGUGCCAAACCUUUGUCAGAUGAACCGACUAUGAACGCCCAUGAUUGGGUGUGGCUAGGCAGAUCUACGUUAGAACGUUCGUCCGGCAUGCUUGUACCGUCCAUGGGCAACAAAUCACACAACAACAACAACAAUAACAACAACCAAAUCAACGAGCACAAUAUGAGAAUUAUGUCAAAUCCCAUUUACGGCGUGGACAACAACAGUAGUGGUAACAGUGGUAACCAGCAGCAGCAACAGCAGGUUUGCAGCAGAAAUCCUCCUCCGCAGAUCAAUACUUCCACGUACAGCGUUAAAGACCGGCUGUCCAAUGGCAAUAUCGUUUUCAAUAAACUAUGGAAAGUACUUCCAACACCGAACGACCAGAACCUGGAGAAACCCGCUGAUUACAGACCACCGGUGCCGCCGCAUAGGACGCAGUUGAAUAAUGUGGACAACAUGAUGAUCGGCGACGAUGACAAUGACGAACAAGCGCCACCACCUCCAAAACGGCAACACCAUCACCACCAUCACCAUCACCGUAACCGCAGUCAAGGUGGUGGCAGAUCCUCGUCGGUCGCUGGUAACCCUAAACUACCGGAGAGGAACUCCGACCCACUAUUCGUGGAAACCUGUAACCGGAGAUCAAUGGAUGUGAAACGGGCGGCAAUCAUCGGGAAUCCGAUGUUUGCCUUCGAUCCUGCGUCCGCAGAUCAGAAGCAUCAGAACGCCGGUAACAGUGACACUAUCAAACUCGAUGACCUCAACCUUGGCAUGGAUUAUAAACAGCUAAUGGAGUAUUUUGACAACCUGAAAGAGUCAAACGCUUAAUUUGUCGUGAUCAAUCACAUACCCAUGUCGUUUUGCACACCCUUCCCUAUUACCAGUAACCAGUAACCAUACACGCGCUCACACCACCGCAGUGAACCUACACGUGGGGCAUUCACCUAACUCCCGUCCUCGCUCGCGAUGCUCCCGGUUCCCUCACGACUUCUGUCUCUUAUCUUAUUGUCGCACAUGAAAAGUCAAUUAAUUCAAAGGUUGUCGUUGUAUGAACUAUAUACACUAUAAAUAACAAUGAUAUUAAAAAUACGCUCUAUAGUAGUUCACGCCAAAAAGUAUAAAUCGUAAGCUUCAGUAUUUUAUUGAAAAAGGCGAUGAAAAUAAUGUUAACUAUUUUCACGCUUACGGUUGUGAGGUGAAUUUUGACCCAAAUUUCUAGGAUAAAGAUUUAAACUUAGGUUGUUUCCGGUUGUUGAAAGCACAACGAUAUCUAAUGACCCAAUUAUUAUAAUUAUUAUAUAUAAACACGAUAUCUAUAGUCGAUACAUUAUUAGCCUUUGCUACUAAUUGUAUCUUCUAAAAUUUCUUUCUAAAAUAAACCUAAUCUAUCUAAAUUUAUAUACAAAAUAUAAUUAUAUAUUGAUGUUUUGAACUAUCUACUUAAAAUUUAUUUCUCGGACUUACAUUAUGAAGAAAAAAAAUUAACUUCUAGACUAUAAUACUAUAUUAUAUGUAUUCAAACAAGCUUGUAUAGUCUCUCUCUAUAAUAGUAAGUUUAUACAAAAAUAUUAGUUCCUUAACCCAAAUCAUUGUUAUAAAUAUUAUUAUCACAAUGAUAUUACAAAUAGAAAAAUAAUAAAAAUAAGAAUAGAUAAUUCGAGUUACAUCUGUGCUAAAUGAUACCUUCGUUAUUUCCUAUUUUUUAUAAUAUGUACGACAAUUAUUGCCACUGUUAAUAAUAAUUAAGUUUCCAAUUUCGCUCUACACGUGUUUAUCUGAAUGUUCCUAAUUUAUUGUAUCACUAUUUUGAUAAUAUUGUUUAAGCGAUAUCCCUUUUAAAUCAAUAUUAUCAUUAAUCUAAACAUUUUUGUUAAAUUUAAUUGUUGAUUAUUUUUAAUUUUUUAGUCUGAACCUAUUAUCGCUUGCAACUUUAUUUUAUAUACUUUUGUACAUAAUAUUCAAAUUUAAAAAUGUUUUUCAAUACCUUUUAAUAUCAAAUACUACAUUUAAUAUUUUAAUGAAUAGUUCAACAAAUUGUAUCUUGUACAUUUAUAUGUUAUGUAUGUAGUUUUUGUUUUUAUAAACAAUAAUGGUAUUCCACAAUGAAUUGUCCCCUUAAACUAAACAGUUACCACAAAAAUUAUAAUAUAUUUAAACAAUGCCUAAUCACAAAUAAUUAUAUAAGAUAUUAUACUAAACAAAAGUCACACAUUAAUGGUGAACAUUUAUACGCACAUAUAUUCUACAAUAGGUAUUCUAAUUUAUUUAAAUAUGUAUUUAGUCAAAAGUACAUUAUUUUUAAUUUCUCAGUGCCAUUAAAAAAGAACAUUUGUGACAGUACAACGGUAUUAUUUUUUUCAUUUUUUAUUUUUUUGUGAUAAUGUAAAUAAUAUAAUUUUGUUGGACAGACUUGUAUUGCAGAUUUUCGAUCAUAACCUCAUCACACGAUUCUAAACUAUUAUGAUUUAUGACAUAUUUGAAAAAUUGAAUAUUUGAAUACCUAUUAUUUCUGUAGGUAUUGCCCAGUGCGUAUGUAUGUACAUUGUGCAAUAGUAUUAAUACCAAAAUUAGGUGCGUUACUAGUUCUACUUACAAAAACAAUUGGGGAAAAAACAGUUUCUCAAAGCUAAUCAAAAAUCAUACAGCCGUCCAUAUAUUAUAUAUGUUAUGCAAUACUUAAUUAACAAUAUCACGACAUUCGAGGACUACCCGUUUGGACCGUAUUAGUUUAAAAAAUAAAUAUAGUAUAUUAAUAAGUUUGAAAAUAAACACUAAUCAUUUAAAUGUUUUGAACUUAAAUAGUGCAAACGAACUACUACCUAUAUAUAUAAAAAAUACCUAUUAUUUCUAGUCAAAGUAUAUAUUGAUAUUAUAUUAUAUAUUAUAUUAUAUUAUAUAUGUAUAUUAUGUUUAAGUCGUAGAUCAAGUAGGUUGUAUAAAAAAAACUAUAUAUAUAUUGUUUGCCUUCUUUUUUUUGGGACGCAGAAGCUUCCACUAAUAAAUUUUUACCCAUGUUUCAUUUGUUUUGUGUAUAAGUAUUUUUGCGAUAAUGAUGAAGCGCAGAAACGUCGUACGCGACCCAAUGAGACUGUUUUUUUUUUUAUAGAAUUAUUUUACUUUUUAGUAUUUUCUUUACCUAUUUCAAUAUUAUUAUUAUUAUUAUGAUUUUUUAAAGUAUAUUUUAUUGCUUUAUAGAAUACGUUUUGAGUUCCGAUAAUUUUUCCUUCCUAUUUUUCAGUCUGUUUCUUUGUUUUUAUUUUUUCCAUUUCAUUUUCUCCUUUCAUAAUUCGGUCAAUAAUUUAUUCAAUAAAUGUCAAUGUUUUUGAAUGUUUUACCUUCGUAUGUACCGGGUUGUGAUCUGUAUUGUCCAAUUAUCUCACCAAAAUGAUAAUUUUUAUUAGAUUUUAAAGUAGAAGUAGUAGUUGACACACUACAAUUUAAGUAUUGUUAUGUUGAUGUGAGCAGAUAUUAAUUUUAAAUAAACAAUUUAUUAAACUUA